AUGCAGCAGGCAGGCAGGCAAGGCAGGCAGGCUGAGGAGGACAGCCCCAUGGAGAACGGCAUGGGGCAGGAACCGAGGGCUGCCGAGACACCCACUGCAGAGGGUGCCCCAGCACCCCGGGCCCCCCGGGUCCGCCCACGGCUGGUGUUUCACACCCAGCUGGCCCACGGCAGCCCCACAGGCCGCAUCGAGGGCUUCACCAACGUGAAGGAGCUCUAUGCCAAAAUUGCUGAAGUCUUCAGCAUCGCGCCCACUGAGAUCCUCUUUUGCACGCUCAACACGCACAAAGUGGACAUGCAGAAGCUGCUAGGUGGGCAGAUCGGCCUGGAGGACUUCAUCUUCGCCCACGUCCGGGGUGAGACAAAGGAGGUGGAGGUGACCAAGACUGAGGAUGCCCUUGGCCUCACCAUCACGGACAAUGGGGCUGGCUAUGCUUUCAUCAAGCGAAUAAAGGAGGGGAGCAUCAUCAACCGCAUCCAGACAGUGUGCGUGGGCGACAGCAUCGAGGCCAUCAAUGACCACACCAUCGUGGGCUGCCGGCACUAUGAGGUGGCCCGGAUGCUGCGGGAGCUGCCCCGGGCUCAGCCCUUCACCCUUCGCCUAGUGCAGCCCAAAAAGGCCUUUGAUAUGAUUGGGCAGAGGAUGCGGAGCAGCAAGUGCCUGGGCGAGGGCAGAGUGGCCAGCGGGAAGGAGACGCUGCGGCUGCGUGCAAAGGGCCCUGCCACGCUGGAGGAGGGGAGCCUGGGGAGGGGGUGA